AUGCCUACGUCGAUUUCUUCGGCUUCUCAAGGAAAUUUGGAACCAUACCCUAGACAAUAUUUACUUGAUUCAACAGUUCCAGCUCAAUCAAAUACAUUUUAUACACCAGUAAUAGUAAUGACUAGCGAAAAUUUGGAACCAUGCCUUAGACAUGAUCCUAUUAAUUCAGCGGCGCCAACAUCAGCUCAACUAGAUAUACAUGCGGACUCGUUAGUUCAAUUGAAUACAUUGGAUUCCGAAUACUCGACAUACACUAGACAAGAUUUUAUUAAUUCAACGGCACCAAUGUCAGUUCAGUUAAAUACAUCCGAAUUAGCAUUGGAUCUUAUUAAUUCAACGGUCCCAACUUCAGCUCAAUGGGCAUACCUGAUACAUCCCGAAUUAGCAUUAGAUUCCGAAUGCUUGACAGUAUCUUAUUAA